ACAAAAGCACUGCGACUAUUAAAAAAUUUUGAAAAAAGUGCAGGGACAUCUUCAUGCUAUUAAUGCUUCCAGAGGGUUUUCCCGAGAGUAUGACGAGUGAUUACUUGGAGUAUUCUCUUUGGAGAGCAGUUCAGGGUGUAGCUUGCCAGGUUAGUGAAGUGUUGGCAACGCAAUCGUUGCUUUAUGCUGUUGGAUUAGGAAGAUGGGCUAUUCCAACUGCUGCUGCCAUCAAUUGGGUGCUCAAGGAUGGAAUUGGGUACCUCAGUAAGAUCAUGUUGUCAAACUUUGGUCGCCAUUUUGAUGUUAACCCCAAAGGGUGGAGAUUGUUUGCUGACCUUCUUGAAAAUGUUGUCUUUGGUUUGGAGAUGUGUAUUCCCGCUUUCCUUCAGUUUUUUGUGUUCAUUGGUGUUGUGGCUGAGGUCUCUCGCUCUGCUGCUUCACUGGUUUAGGUUA